GAUUUUUUUUUAAUUACGUGACAAUGCACACUCUCUAUUCCCGCGAGGCUUUGCGAAAAAGCACUAACCUCCUUAGGCAAGAAUGCGUGACGAGCCCAAAGAGCUUCUGCGUAGGAGGCUAAAAAAACACCAGCCAUGGCAGAAUCGAACUCCUCGUUUAACUUUGACCAAACAUCAGGCGUAUGGCUUCAGCCUUUUUCUGCACUCAUCAAUUGCAUGUUCCCAGUGGAAUAUGUUUACGCAGAUUGGUUUGGGUGGCAAGCAAACAUUGAAGCACAGCGGGAAGACCCAGAGUAUAUCAGCAGUACACAAGAAGCCACUAAAGAUGCCGGAAGUCGAGUUGAGGGGUUUUGUAUCCCUCAGUUUGUACUUAGAAAGAAUGAUGUGAACCAUGCCAUCCCUCUCGAGGUGAUGGAUGCAAAUUGGAAUCCGGACCGUGACGCGAUGACAGCCAGUGAGCCUUUCGUUGAAAAUGAUGAAAAGAAAGUGAUCCCAAUUUUUACAGUUGAACAUGCCGCAGACGACCCAAGAUAUGCAAAACUCAUGCUGACCAGUGAGUGGAAAGAUCAUCGCCCCCGUUACAAGAAUGUUUCUUAUCUUCAUCAUUCGUUUCUGCUGCCUCAGACUGAUAAUCCGUUGGAUGGCCGUGAAGAAAAACGUUUUGAUGGCCAAAAGACUACAUGGUCAUACGGUCUCCACGGUCCUGUGCGUAAACUUCAGUCUCAUGGCUUUUCAAAUUAUGAGGAAGAUCAGACAAGGGUUUUCACGUACCCUACCGCGUGGCCUGAGCCUGCUAUGGAAUGGUUGGUCCGACCCCGCCCAAGUGGUUGGCCUUCACCUGAGCUGGUCCAGCAGAUAUUCGACAGCGGUUGUCAUUUGGCGCCCGUCGGUAGGGGAAAGCGCCUCGAUGAACCAGUGGAAUCUUUGUAUUAUUAUCAAAACCCAGAACUGUCAGUGACCAGUUCCACAGCGUUAGUGACGGACAACAACGAAGGAAAACGGGUCAUGGAUCAAACGGAAUGGAGAACAUCCUUUUCACUGGCUGAAAAUAAGCUUGGAGAGAAUGUAUCUCCCGUGCAAAGGCACGUGAUGGUUUUGUUGAAGAUGAUCAAGAAGUUUUACUUUCCUGAUACGAUUUCGACGUAUUAUUUGAAGAACUUGUUGUUUUGGGAAUGCGAGACGAAAGAAGAGGAUUUUUGGAAGGAAGAAAACUCCGCCAUCUGCCUUUUAUUCAUGUUGGAUCGCCUAAAAGAGUGUUUAGAGGCACAUCAUCUGCCGCAUUACAUCAUGCCACAGAGCAAUCUUUUGCAGUAUGAAGAUCCUGCCAGUCUUAACGAAGCCGCUGUCAUUGUUGAAGACGUGAGAAGAGCCAUUUUGUCAAAGACAGUAGGUCUACUGAAAAGGCUUCAGUCGAUGAGUUAUUUGUCAUCGACAUAUCUUCAAGAUAUUGGUCUACACUUGGAAAGCCAUCUCUUAAGAUUACAAGACGAAAACCUCCCUAAGAAAGAUCAAAGGGUGCUCCUGAGUUCUCUCCACUCAGUGUUUGUGGGUAAGUGCAAAGAAGUCAUAGCAAGGGUGCGAAGGAUGCAAGAGCACUCCGACGACAUCGAGAGGAUGUUAAAUGUCGCGAUGAAUGCUUACCAAUCGAUGCUUGCACGAAAUCUGUGCAAACUGUGGUUCCUAAGCGAAGACCAUAGGAAGGGUGAGGAAGAAUUCAAGAUAUUUGUGAAGGAAGAAGUCAAGGAACUUUCCUUAGAUGACGACUUUCUUGCCCUGGCCCUGGUUUUCUUUGACAGAACGAGGAAUGGCAUGGAGCCCUCCUUGGCAAUUCCUAAUACAAGAGUGAUGAAACUUAUGAGGGAAGAACAGACACAAAUAGCCAAAGAAAACGUUGAAGAAGGAAAAGCAGGAUUGAAAGGAAUUUUGGACUGGCUGAAGACAGGCGACUUAAAGAGUAUUGCAGAAAAAACAUCCAAAGUAUUCCAAGCAAAGUUAGAAAGCACAGAAACUGUUAUUACAAAGGAAGACAUGGAGAGGGUACUCAACACGGAAUUUGCAGCCCUCUUUAAAGAACGAAUGAAAGACAAUAAAUGAAGCACGUUUAAAGACAGCUAAUUGUAAACACUGCUGGAACGAACGAUUUACUAGGCGCAGUAGAAGAACCGUCAAAAUCCUGAAACGGCACAAUUCAAUGAACGCAGAGAUACCCACUUCUGUCUAAAAACGGACGGAGAUGAUGGGUGCAUGGUGGUCCGAAUUAUCGUCUACAAACCCAACUGAAAACAUUUGCGAACUGUGAUGCUUAGUUGAUACUGAUGAUCGCGUGUUUCUCUUGUGAGGUAACUUUAAUUUUACCCCGUCUUACGCGUUGCCUAAGGAACAUCAAUGAUCGAUAACAUUCCAUCACAGCCGAUCUCAUUGCUGAACUUAGUUACUGUAACAGUGAAUCAUGUACUUAACUUGAGUUUACUCGCAACUCCAAAAAGGACCUAAUAGGAACUUCAACAGCAAUCGCAGAAGUGAGACAAUUUUCCUUUUCGAAAAGUAUAAAUACUAAUUGAAUCGACUGUGCUGUAACUACUGACUUAACAGCCCUUUAUAAUAUUGAUAAAAAGAGUUAGAAAUGUUAAGUUCGGUCAUACUGUAGUAAGCUGAUGACGUAAGUUUGGUACAAAUAUUGGACAAAAAUUUAGAAUUUUCUCAGGCUAAACGUAUGCGAAACUGUACGUUAUUUUGAAUUAUUCGUUUAAUUCAAGUGAAAAUAAUUCUGUACUCUGAAAAUACGAUAGAACUAGAUACUUAAAGGUUUGUGACUUUGAACUGUUCGAGGAAACGGUUAUAACCUGAGAUCAACAUU